UGCUGAGAACCAGCUUCACUGCAGUGACAGAGCUAUCAUAGACUCCAAAGCUCUAGAAUACUACAGACACUGUGAACAGCACAAAGGAUCACGUCUCAUCGUCUCUCACCAUGUGCAGAGGACUGGAAUCACUGCCUACCACAUGUCUGGAGAGGGCAAAGGAACUCAAAGCUCUCUUUGGAAGUUUUCUACAGAAGCCAGAUCUGAGCAUCAUCGGUCACUCACACAAGACCGACAAACUAAGGUUAAAUAAGAGUGAACCAUUAAAAUGGAAGGAGUCGUUUGAGAACCUGCUGUCCAACCAACAUGGACUGUGCUUGUUCCGUGCUUUCCUGGUGUCGGAGUUUAGCGAGGAGAACAUAGCUUUCUACCUGGCCUGUGAAGACUACAGGAUAACCAAGCCCUCCUCAAAGCUAUCAACUACAGCUAAGAAGAUCUAUGAGGAGUAUGUCUGCAGUGACGCACCAAGAGAGGUCAACCUCGACCAUGAGACCAAAGCCAUCACCAAGAAGAAUCUGGAACACCCCAGCCAGUCCUGUUUCAGCCUGGCCCAGGAGAAGAUCUACGCCCUGAUGGAGAAAGACUGCUACCCUCGCUUCCUCAAGUCCCCCACCUACCUGGAGAUCAGUCGGCAGGUCAAAUCUGGUUAAGACCAUUUAUGGCUUGUUAAGACUGGUUAAGGCUGGUUAAGACUGGUUAAGGCUGGUUGAAGCUUGUUAAGACUGGUUAAGGCUGGUUGAGGCUGGUUGAGGCUUGUAAGACUGGUUAAGACUGGUUAAGGCUGGUUGAGGCUUGUUAAGACUGGUUAAGACUGGUUAAGGCUGGUUGAAGCUUGUUAAGACUGGUUAAGACUGGUUAAGGCUGGUUGAGGCUUGUUAAGACUGGUUAAGACUGGUUAAGGCUGGUUGAAGCUUGUUAAGACUGGUUAAGGCUGGUUGAGGCUGGUUAAGGCUGGUUGAAGCUUGUUAAGACUGGUUAAGGCUGGUUAAGGCUGGUUGAAGCUUGUUAAGACUGGUUGAGACUUGUUAAGACUGGUUAAGGCCAACCUGCAGGUGGUGAAUGAGACACGAAGAAGAGGUCCAUGGGAGACAUGCUGAAAAGGACACACUGGAAACCAGGUGGUCUCACUAGGGUUUUCCUCAGUGGAGGAAGGGUCCUGUGCUGCUGGGUCAAACGUAUGGAGGGGGGGACUGAAGAUAUAUACUAGAUUGAACUGGAAGUCAGUCGGAAGUUGACACUGGAAAUCUUGUCUGUGGCCUAGGAAAGAAGGCCGCUCACUGUGAAGAUUGGAGUAUCGAAGUAUGUAAAAGAAGUCUGUGAAGAUUGGGGUAUCGAAGACUGUAAAAGAGGUCUGUGAAGAUUGAGGUAUCUAAGACAGUAAAAGAGGUCUGUGAAGAUUGAGGUAUCUAAGACAGUAAAAGAGGUCUGUGAAGAUUGAGGUAUCUAAGACUGUAAAAGGUGAACAUGUGUCUUGAGGUCAAAGACACAUGAAGAAGUUCCUGUUCAUGGCGUUUGAGCAGAAAGAACAAUGUGAUGGAAAAGGACUGCUUUGCACAAUCACUGAGAAUCUGUUAUAGUUUUGUAUUGUCUGAUGCCUGUCUAUUUAUUUGGGUAUUUAUUAGCAGUCAUUUUGUUAUAGAAAUGUUAUUGAAAUGUUUGUACUGUAGAGGGCACUGGACAGCACUGUCCUGUACCGUUCCACAACAUUUUUUAUAUUUAUGUGUACAUUUUUUAUACCCAGAACUCCUUAUGUGAGAGGAAAUUAUUUGAAUAAAAUCAGAACUAUAUAAAACAACAUGA